AUGUCUGAGAACAAACGACCACCUCUACAGGAUAUAUCCAAUGAUUUGAUUUUAUCUGAAGAUGAGAAAAAUAAUUUUGCACUUCAUGAGAUACAAAUAAUGUUUUCUGCUAUGGGAAAGAGUUUGAAAGACUUUCCGUUGAUGCCAAAUGAUAAAUUGGUGCAUCAACUCACCGAAGAACAAAGGGCUAUAUAUGGAGAAGUAUUGCAAGAUGCUGAGAAUAAUCUGGGAGGCCUGUUUUUUGUUUAUGGAUACGGUGGAACGGGAAAAACAUUCUUAUGGAGAGCAUUGUCUUCUGCUUUAAGGUCAAAGGGUGAUAUAGUUUUAAACGUGGCAUCAAGUGGCAUAGCAUCUCUUCUACUACCAGGAGGUAGAACUGCGCAUUUAAGAUUUUCAAUACCAAUAGCUGUUAAUGAAGAUUCAACCUGCAACAUCAGUCAAAGUAGUCCUUUGGCACAGUUGAUAAUGCAAAGUAAGUUGAUCAUUUGGGAUGAGGCACCGAUGAUGCAUAAGUUUUGCUUUGAAGCUUUAGACCGUACUAUGAGAGAUAUCAUGCGUGCUAAAAAUCCAAAAUGCUUGGAUAUGACUUUUGGUGGGAAAACCGUGGUGUUAGGUGGAGAUUUCAGACAGAUUCUACCAGUCAUUCCAAAGGGAACCAGGCAAGAUAUUGUUGGAGCAAGUAUAAAUGCAUCAUAUCUUUGGAGAAGUUGUAAAGUAUUUAGGCUAACAAAGAAUCUCAGGCUUAGGUCAUUGCAAUCAGAUACUGAAGUUAAAGAGAUUGAAAAAUUUGCAAAGUGGAUUGCUAAUAUAGGUGAUGGAACAAUUGGUGAUUGUUUGCAUGGAGAAUAUCGUGCUAUUUUGGCACCAACUUUGGAUAUUGUGGAUGCAGUAAAUGAAUACAUGAAUGACUAUAAUAAUGCCGAAGGAAGGACGUAUCUCAGUUGUGAUUCGGUUUGUAAAUCUGAUUCAAAUGUUGACAUGCUUGCUGAUCUGCACACUGCAAAAUUUUUAAAUGGUUUAAGGUGUUCAGGAGUUCCAAAUCACUCAUUGACUCUAAAAGUUGGCUCACCAGUUAUGCUUCUAAGGAAUAUUGAUCAUUCAUUGGGGUUGUGCAAUGGUACAAGAAUGAUCAUUUCAAAGUUGGCAGAUCAUGUUUUAGAAGCUCAAAUACUAUGCGGGGCAAGUGCCGGUACAAAGGUCUUAAUUCCAAUGAUGUCCUUAACACCUUCUGAUGCAAGAUUGCCUUUUAAGUUCCAAAGGAAGCAAUUUCCACUAAUGUUGUCAUAUGCAAUGAUAAUAAAUAAAUGCCAAGGCCAGACACUAUCCAACGUGGGUUUGUUUUUGAAGAGACUGGUUUUUAAUCAUGGUCAAAUGUAUGUAGCAGUGUCAAGAGUUAGUAAUCCUAAGGGAUUAAAAAUUCUUAUUUGGGAUGAAACUGUAAAAUCUAAAAAUACGACUACAAAAGUCGUAUACAAAGAAGUAUUCAAUAAUGUAUAA